GGACUCCACAGUAUAAACGUUGGCUUACUGUUCGGGUUAUUAGUCUUGUAUUUUAAACAUCUCAGCGGUCCAAGAUAUUUUGCAUAAAUCUAUUUUUUUAUCAAUUUAUCGAGGAUGAGUCAAUCAACUGUUUUCUUUUGUGUUGGGACUUUGGUGAUGCUUGGUGUCUUUGGUUUCAGCCAAGGUUGUUUAAUCCAAGGUAGUCAAUGUACAACCUUGCUGUCCAUGGGAGAAACGGGUCUGGAUCAGAUGGACCAAUUUUGUUCCAAGUUAAGCAUUGUUCUGAACUGUAUGAACGCGGCCUAUGCUACAUGUUCAAGUGAAGCAGACAGAGCCAAUUUGAACUCUGGGAAGGCGGGGCUCGAACAGCAGUACAACACGUACUGUUCCAGUGGCUGUAGCGUUGUAGAUUUAAUGAAAUGUGUGCCUCAAAACACGGGAGAACUGUCAACAUUAAACGCUGCAGCUUGUCGGUCUCUAAGAGAGAUGAGAACCUGUUUAACAGACGUGAGGGCCAACUGUAAUCAGGAGGACAUUAAGGCACAGAUCGACAUGCAGCUUCAGGGCGCUGAUCAGAUGCUGGCACAUUGCUCCAGGUCAAGGUCAGGUUAAAAUCACGAAAGAUUUCAAAUCCUCUCAGAAUGAACCAGUAACAUGACUUCAAGUUUCAACACCAGCAUUACUCAACUCUGUGUAACACAUGUCAUGCUAUGUAUUUGAUCAAUCAUAUUUCUAAACUCCAUUUCUGUUACAAUCUUAUUAGGGAACCAAUCAUGUAUGCAAAAACCAUUUUUUUAAAUUCAGAAAUAAUAAAUACGCUUAUAUCAAACAUGAAAUAUAUACACAGUUGUUUAAAAAAAAUGAA